AUGAAAUUUGGUGUACAUUUAUUAGCUAAUCUUACGCCUGAAUGGAAUUCUCAAUAUAUUCAGUAUCAAUAUAUGAAAGAAUUACUCAACAAAGCAAUUGCUGAAGCACCGAUAUUAGUCAAUAAUGAUGAUGAUGAUGACAAAUCAGCUUAUGAAGAAUAUUUUCUUCGUGUUGAUGAGGAAUUUUUCGAAUAUUGUGGAAAGCAAGUAACAAAGAUUAAUACUUUUUUUGCUGAAAAACUAGCCGAAGCAUUACGACGAUUUACAACUCUUAAAGAUGAGAUUCAAUACAGAAAAUUAAUAUAUGGAGACGUUUCUCCAUGUCGUAACCCUCCUAUUGCUAUUAUUCAAAAAGCAAAUAAAAUUGGUCAAUGUCAUGAUGAUAGAAUUCUUAUGAUGCAUCGAAACCAAAGGUCUAGUUUGAAAACACCAUUCAGUCGUAUUCUACCCGAUCGAUUCGUGAAAAAUGCUGAAAAACAAGGAAAACAACGUAUAAUUCAUAAGGACACAAAAACUCUUAAACUGGCAUUUAGCGAAUAUUAUUUAAUGUUAAUUCUUUUACAAAAAUAUCAAUUAUUAAAUUUUACUGGAUUUAUUAAAAUAUUAAAAAAACAUGAUAAACUAUUUCAUACGACACGUGGCGAUGAAUGGCGGAAAUUACAUAUUGAUAAAGCAACGUUUUAUACGUCAACAACAGUAACAGAACUUAUCCGUGAUGUUGAAAGAAUCUAUAUAGAUGAACUUGAAUCAGGUGAUCGAGCACAAGCAAUGAAACGUCUUCGUGUUCCACCACUUGAAGAAACACAAUCGACAGUGGUAACAUUUCGUCUUGGUAUCUUUAUUGGAGUAAUUGCUGUUCUACUACCGAUGGUAAUUAUCCUUAUUAUCGUUCUCAAUAAGAGUCAAUCAGGAAAACCGUUAGCAUGGCGUGAGGCUCUUCAUCUUUAUCGUUCAUCAUUUCUAAUAAUUCUUCAAAUUAUACUUGCCGGUAUAAAUGUUUAUGGUUGGUCAUCAGCAGGUGUCAAUCAUAUUCUCAUAUUCGAACUCGAUCCACGUAAUCAUUUAACCUAUCAACAAUUGCUUGAAACUGGAGCAUUUCUUUGUGUUUUAUGGUGUAUUAGUUUUAUUGCAUUUAUUCUUACAUCUUAUCUAGAUUUCUAUCCAUUCAUACAACCACUUAUUUUUUUUAUACUUAUGAUUAUCCUUCUUAUUAAUCCAGCGCCAAUACUCUAUCGUCCAGCUCGUUAUUGGCUUUUAAGAACAUUGGGAUUAGUCUUUACAGGAGCUUUUCAUCGUAUUCAUUUUGCAGAUAAUUGGCUUUGCAAUCAACUUACAUCGAUCGAAUUAGCUUUUUAUGAUCUCGAAUAUUUCUUUUGUUUUUAUUUUUCAAAUCACGAAUGGUGGUCAACAAAUCUAGACUCGUUACCAUCACCUGAGCACGUAUUUUGUACAGGUUGGACAAGGUUUCUUCUACAAGCACUUCUUCUUGCACUACCAUCUAUGCUUCGUUUUAUUCAAUGUAUACGACGAUAUUAUGAUACAAAACUUAAAUAUCCACAUCUUGUCAAUGCUGGAAAAUAUGCCUCAAGUAUCUCUGUAGCAAUUACAAAUUCACUUCGACGUGGAAGCAUUGCACUCAGCAACGAUUAUUCAAACAAUCUAAUAAGUAAUCCAUUUGUUUAUACAUGGAUUAUUGCUGCAUUCAUCAGUUCAACCUAUAAGAUUAUAUGGGAUAUUAAAAUGGAUUGGGGUUUAUUUGAUAAGAAUGCUGGUGAAAAUAGAUUCUUACGUGAUCAUAUUAUCUAUUCGUCGAAGAAUUAUUAUUAUUAUGCUAUUAUUCAAGAAAUUGUCUUUCGUUAUAGUUGGACAAUGAAUAUCUUUAUUCAAUUUCAUUCAGGAGCAGCUGAAUAUGCUGAUGUCACUGGUUUUUGUUUUGGUUUAAUUGAAUUAAUUCGUCGUUUUUCUUGGAAUUUUUUUCGUCUAGAAAAUGAACAUUUAAAUAAUUGUGGUAGAUAUCGUGCAAUUCGUGAUAUUUCUAUUAAACCCAUUGCAACUGGUGUUGAUUUUACAUUAAUCAGUUCUAAGUUAAGCAAAACACCGAGUAUUCGAAAUCGACUUACAUCAGUACGAUGUCAAACAAUUAUUGAAGAAAACAAUCUAACAACUAAAAAUAAGGCAAAAAUGGAUGAUCUGAAAAAUAACAUAGAAGAUUUUUUCAAUAAUCAAAUGUCAACAUAUCAUUAUAAGACAGUAUCAGAAGUGAACACAAUUAAUACAACAUUGGAAAAUAUUUCAUCUAGAAGAUAUCGUUCACUCACUUCAUUGAAUAACUGUUUGAAUUCAUCACGCACUUAA